AUGAAGUACAUCCUCGCUACCCUUGCCUUGGCUGCCACUGUCAUUGCCAUGCCCACCAUCAACGCACGCGGGGACACGGAUUCGGAUUCGGACAAGAGUGACGAUACUCCCACCUGUGAGAGCCACCAGACUGUUGUCUGCAGCGGCAACGGAGAUGGUGGUCUCUUGUCCUUGGGCAACAUUCUCUCCGGUCUUCUCGGCGAGAGCUGCUCCGGUGGUGAUGUCUACUGCUGCUCUAGCAAGGAAGUUGAGCAGAGCGGUUUGAUCAACCUCAACCUCGACCUCCAGUGCAGCUUGAACCACCUGCUGUAA